GUGAUAAGGGAGAGGGGGGAAGGUACCGGCUGCCUUCUUUGCGGACGGUUUGCACGAGGUCCAUGGUUGUGGUUGGGUGGAGUGGUGUGGAGGAGUGGUCGAGUGAAAGUUGCGGGCAAGUCGCGGAAGUCCCGAGCUCUGACCUCUUUCAGACAGCUCUCCCACACCUCACCACCAGCCCGUCUACACUCUCCACACACACACACUUUCCCUAACCAAACAUGGCGCCCCAAAUCCCGCCCCUCGACGAGCAGGAAUUCGAUCUCCCCUACACGCUCCUCGGACUCCCUGGCGGCGACCUCAACGUGCACAACAACCAGCUCUGGUACUUUUCCUCGUCGCAGUUCUUCGAGCCGCAAUCCCACAACGUCGCCCUCCUAAACCAAUACCGCGAAGCCCCAAACGGCCAGGAAAUUCUCAACGACCGCCACCUCUUCCACGAGCACCUGUCGCGCCAGGCGCACGGCACGCAGUUCGUCGUCGCCGGCGAGCCCCAGGCCGACGCCCAGCCAUGGCUCAUCCAGCGCCACAACAAGACGCACAACGCCGUGACGGAGCAGCCCGAGACCCUCGUCGAGGGGAACUGGUAUACCCAGGGUACCAAGGUCCUCAUGGCCCCGAGCCUCGGCGACGUGCUCAAAGCCCGUCUCCUCACCAUCGCGACCCGCGUCCAGCAAAUGGCCGAUCUGGCAAAUGGCCUCGACCACUGGUCCCCCGCGACAGGCCACACGUACAUGCCCCCGUCUGCGGCCGAGGCGGCGAAACCAGCAGCGCAGAGUCGCGCGGGUAGUCCGACGCUGGGCCCCACCGACCCAGACAAUACUACUUCCACAGCAGCAGCAGCAGCAGCGACAACGGCAACCGACCCCGCCGCCUCAACAACCCUCUUCUCAGACGACCUCUUCAUGCAGAGCCUCAACAUGACGCUCUUCUACGGCGACGAGUACGCGGACGAAAAUCCCAUCACCGGCGAGCCGGGCGCGUUUGUCUUCACCAACACGGGGCGCGCGGUCGAUGCGCGGAAUAAGGCGUUGGGGCAGGCGGCGCUUGCUGCGCCUGCGAAGAGUGAGGUGCAGGUCCUGACGCCGAGUGCGGCGCCGUCGGUGGCGGCUACGCCUGUUGCGAGUGUGGCGGCGGAUGGGAAGGCGGGUGGGGUGGGGUUGCCGAGGGAGAAGGAGAAGGAGAAGGAGGGCAAGAUGAAGAGGCGGAAGAGUAAGGGGUUGGCUAGUCCGACGACACGGCCGUCGACGCCUAAGGUGCUGUGAGCUUGGUGUUUUGGUUUAUUGGCGUAAUGAUACCCGGUACUUGCUUGCUAUAUAUACACAACCUACUAUUUCACAUCUAUCAUAUAUACUGC